CUUUAUUGCAGGGUACAAAAUGCUUAUUUAUGGGCUGUUGUUGACGUUGCUGGCCUCCACAGCAUCCGGUUACUAUAUUAACAUCGAUGCAAAUGAGGAGCAAUGUUUUUUUGAUCGAGUCAUCUCAGCCACAAAAAUUGGUUUGAUGUUUGAAGUGGCAGAAGGAGGAUUUCUCGACAUCGAUGUGAAGAUAACCGGCCCAGACAACAAAAUAAUCUACAAAGGAGAACGAGAAUCCUCUGGCAAAUAUACAUUUGCGGCACACAUGGAUGGCGUGUAUACUUAUUGUUUUGGAAACAAAAUGAGUACGAUGACGCCCAAGGCUGUAAUGUUCACCAUCGAGAUCGUCGAACCGCAACAACAACAGCAACAAGGCGCUGCUCAGAAUCAGGACGCAGCCGACAAUCAGAAACUCGAAGAAAUGGUCCGUGAACUCUCCACUGCACUUAUGUCAGUCAAACACGAGCAAGAGUACAUGGAAGUCCGAGAACGGGUUCAUCGAUCGAUUAACGAGAAUACGAACAGCCGUGUUGUGCUGUGGGCUGUGUUUGAAGCACUUGUUCUCGUCUCUAUGACAGUUGGACAAAUAUGGUAUUUGAAACGAUUCUUCGAAGUGCGUACUGUUGUCUAAAUGAACAAAUGCAAGUGUUAGACAAGCUUCAGCUUUUGUCCACUUCUCGUCUUCCUUCGAGUAUUUAUUUUUUCGGUUUACCGAAACCGUUGCCUUAUUUGAUGUAAUAGUGUGUUUAUGUACUCAUGUGUAGAGAUAUAUUGGCUCUCGCAAUUUUUUUCUCAUGGUUGCCGUCUCUUAAAAUCACUAAAUUACAUUUUUGCUUCUUGGGUUCUUUUCGGUAUGUAUCAGAAUGUCUAAUUAAGAUAUGAUUUUUGUUUGAAGUACGAGUUCUGUAUAUUUAACGUUACUGUGAUGUUACAGUGUAAUAUUGUUUCUGUUGAAGUAAAUUUUAUCUCGG